AGACAUUAAACCAGACAACGUGCUGCUGGACGUUAACGGUCACAUCCGCCUCGCUGACUUCGGAUCCUGUCUCCGCAUGAUGGAGGACGGCACGGUGCAGUCGUCGGUGGCGGUGGGAACCCCGGACUACAUCUCCCCUGAGAUCCUGCAGGCCAUGGAGGACGGGAUGGGCCGCUACGGCCCCGAGUGUGACUGGUGGUCUCUGGGCGUGUGCAUGUAUGAGAUGCUGUACGGAGAAACGCCGUUCUACGCCGAGUCGCUGGUGGAAACCUACGGGAAGAUCAUGAACCACGAGGAGCGUUUCCAGUUCCCUUCGUCGGGCGCCGAUGUGUCCGAGGACGCCAGGGAUCUGAUCCAGCGGCUGCUCUGCUCCCGGGAGCGCCGCCUCGGCUCCAACGGGAUCUCCGACUUCCAGCAGCACCCGUUCUUCAGCGGCAUCGACUGGGACAACAUCCGGCGCCGAUUACCCCACGUGUCCUGCCGACCGACCGUCCAACCGACGAUGGACGACGGCGUGCUCAAGAACCGUUCUGUUGUGUUCCUGCAGGAGCUGAGUCCCCCGAUGUCCCACACCGGCUUCACCGGGCAGCACCUCCCGUUCGUGGGCUUCACCUACACCACCGACAGCUGCUUCGCUGACCGGGGGGUGGUGGGGGGGCGGAGGGAGGGGGGCAGGGGGCAGGAGGCAGGGGGGGGGCAGGAGGUGGAGGCCGAGAGGAGGAUCCGGAGACUGGAGCAGGAGAAACAGGAGCUGAACCGCAAACUACAGGGUGAGAUACACACACACACACACACAGAGACACAC